CUCAAAGCGGAAGCUUGUCUUUUGAACCUUUAGCACGAUAGCGUGCGGUAUUAACCGUGGUGUUCAGGCUGAAGUCUGAAAUCUCCCUCUGCCAAAUUUCACAUUCAUGACACCGAACUAAAGUUGCACGCAGGUUGUAUCGCUUUUGCCGCAGCGGUCAGACAUGGGAGCCAAUAAUAGUACGCGCCGUGUCUCCUUUGAGUCGGACGAAAAUGAAAACAUAACGGUUGUGAAGGGCAUCAGGCUCUCUGAGAAUGUUAUCAACCGCAUGAGGGAACCUGAAGCUCUACUAGGUGCUCGCUUCCCGCCCAAGGCCCCCUCACCUCCACCUGUGGUCCCCACACCACCUCCCACAGUCUCCAGCUCUGUAGUUGAGCAUUUACCCACUAUUGUAUCAAUACCCUCUCCAUUUGAUCCGAUUACCUCAAUGCCCCCUCCACUACUGUCAGAACCCCUCAAAGUGCCUCCACCUCCUCCUCAGCCAGUGGCUGUGGAGGUGGUAGCCCCCCCUCCUCCCCCACUAUUUGAAGAGUCUGUACACCCCCCAGCUGCACCUGCCUUCCCUAUCGAACCUGUGACCACUCUGCCAGCCCUCACUGAAGCAGCGACCCCGCCUCCACCUAUGGAAACUGCUGUACCCCCUCCUCCUCCUGAACCUCUGGCAGUCCUCCUCCCCCUUCCAAUUGUUGAAUCAGUUGCACCACCACCUCCUGUUGAGGUUGUAAUUGCAUCUCCACCUGUGGAGGUUAUUCCUCCGCCUUCAGUGGAGGAAAUCAUUGCUCCUCCACCCGUGGAGCCAGCUGCCCCACCUCCAUCUUUGGAGGUAAUUGUUCCUCUACCACCUGUAGAAGUUGUUGCUCCCUCUCCACCAGUUGAGCCAAUUGCCCCAACCCCACCUGUUGAAAUAAUUGCCCCUCCACCUCUUGUUGAAGUUGUUGCCCCUCCACCUCUUGUUGAAGUUGUUGCUCCCCCUCCUCCAGUUGAGCCAAUUGCUCCACCCCCACCUGUUGAAAUAAUUGCCCCUCCACCUCUUGUUGAAGUUGUUGCCCCUCCAACUCCUGUCGAAGUUGUUGCCCCUCCACCAACUGCAGAAGCUGUUGCUCCCCCUCCACCAGUUGAGCCAAUUGCCCCACCCCCACCUGUUGAAGAAAUUGCCCCUCCACCUCUUGUUGAAGUUGUUGCCCCUCCAACUCCUGUCGAAGUUGUUGCUCCCCCUCCACCAGUCGAGCCAAUUGCCCCACCGGUAGAAGUUGUCGCUCCACCUCCAGACUCUGUUGAAGCUGAGGCCCCCGUGACGGUUGUGGAGCCAGUCACUCUUGCUGAAGCUGUGGUUCCUCUUCCAGCUGUGGAAGAGCCUGUGGUGCUACCUCCAGCAGAGGACGAGGCCGAGCUAAGGAGGAAGAUCACCGUGGAGUUGGAGGCCGGUCUGGAGAAGGAGCGCACCAAAGCCCAGCAGGAGCUCGACCAAUGGCUGGAUGAGCAGCAGACUCAGACUCAGGUGCAGGCCCAGGCUGAGGCGCAGGCCCAGGUGCGUGAGGAGGUGAACCGCAUCCUGGACAUGGAGCGCUCCUCGGCCGGGGAGAGCCUGCAGAGGGCCCUGCUGAGGGAGAGGGUGGCCACGGAGGACGAGCAGCUGCGUGUUCAACUCUAUGAGAUGGAGCGUAAGGCCAAGCAGCUGGAGGAACGGGACAAAGAGCUGAGGAAGCAGGACGCCUUCUACAGGGAGCAGGUGGCCAAGCUGGAGGAGAGGAGUGCUCAGUUCUAUAAGGUCACCACAGAGAACUACCACAAGGCUGCCGACGAGGUGAACGCCAAGUUCAAGCGGUACGAGGUCAGUCCGGUGUGUGUUGAUCUGCAGGGCCAGAUCCUGAAGUGCUACAAUGAGAACACAGGCAAGACGCUGCUCUGUUCCAACAUCGCGACCCGCUACCUGCAGUGCGUCAACCAGGCCAAACAGAAUAACAAGAAGGUGCAGAUUUGGUCAUCUGACAUAACAAGCUGAGGACGGGUGGCUAAUCUCUCCCUGGCCGCGGUGGGAGGAGCGACGGUUCUGGAUCGUUAUGGCAUUCACAGUUCAACCGACCUGACCAGGAGGAGUCACCACCAGAGACCACAAAAAAAACAACCCCAAGAGGAGAACAGUCCCGCAGUCAACCCAGUUGCCAGAGAGAUGGAUGUCUACCCACAAUCCCUCUUUCCUCCCUUCACCUGAAACCUACCCUUCACUCUUUCCUUGCCUCCUCCACUCCCUCUAUCCAUCUCUCCCAACUCCGAGUAAGGGGCAGGGAGGGGGGGAUCGGUUCCACUAACCCAAGAGCACAGCAGGAAGUCCUGGCGCCCCCAGCAGACCCGCACGGUGGACUGCUGGAAGAUCACGCCUGCACCUAGAGGCGUCAGCCAAGACAGCCAAGGAGAAAACACUCACAGAAAAACAAACAAAUAAAUAAACAAAAACAAAACAUGACAGACGAAUCAUGCAACCGAGCCCUGACUCAGCUUCGCCACAAACAUACUUGCUAGCGCAAUAAACCAUGUUACACACCCUGCAUACUAUGAAUCAAUGAUGGCCAUGUUUCACACACUCUGUACAGUUUGCAGGUCACCACAGCGAAACACACACCCCCUGUCCAGCACCUGGCUACACCCACCACUCCACUCCACCCCACCCCACUUUGCCGUCUGUCUCCUUUUAUCUCUUUCUUUGCACUAGUCCACACAUGCUAUCUGUAGAUGAUCCUCACCCGUGUACGUAUGUGCGUGUGUCAUGUUAAUAAUGGAUCUGCCUUGUUUUGCUUUCAUCUGCACAAGUCGAACCCCUGUUGAAGAUGUGCCCAAUCAGUAGGGCAGAAUAAACAGAAUGAAAACUGUAAA